CCAUCUGCACCUGCCUUCUCUGUGGCUGUGGCUGGAGCGCUGGGAGGGGUCAUUAUUUCGCAGGGAGGAGGAGGCAUUUCCUAGACACCGACAGAAGCGUGUAGUCUCAAAUUCAGCACCACAAGAUUGAGGAAAGCGUCCGGAUUGAGGCGAUUUUCACUGUUGACUGUGGUUUGAUUUAGGAGGACACCAUCUUUGGGAAUACACAGUGAAACCAACCUUUAUACACCUUUUGUGGACCUGCAAGAACCAGGUAAGAGACCAUGACGACCGCCACCUCCCCCAUCCUGUUGAAAUGGGACCCCAAGAGUCUUGAGAUCCGUACCCUGACUGUGGAGAGGCUGCUGGAGCCCCUGGUCACACAGGUGACCACCCUGGUGAACACCAGCAACAAAGGGCCAUCCAGUAAGAAGAAGGGGCGCUCCAAGAAGGCUCAUGUUCUUGCUGUGUCUGUUGAGCAGGCCACCCAGAACUUUCUGGAGAAGGGUGAGCAGAUUGCAAAAGACAGCCAGGACCUCAAGGAGGAGCUCAUUGCUGCUGUAGAGGAUGUUCGCAAGCAAGGCGAGACAAUGCGUGUCGCCUCGUCUGAGUUUGCUGAUGACCCGUGUUCCUCUGUGAAGCGUGGCACCAUGGUGAGGGCCGCUCGCGCUCUGCUCUCUGCUGUCACCCGUCUGCUCAUCCUCGCCGAUAUGGCUGAUGUCAUGAGGCUGCUGGCCCACCUUAAAGUUGUGGAGGAGGCCCUGGAGGGAGUUAAGAAUGCAACCAAUGAGCAGGACCUGGCCAACCGCUUCAAGGAGUUUGGGAAGGAGAUGGUGAAGCUCAACUAUGUGGCGGCCCGGAGACAGCAGGAACUCAAAGACCCCCAGUGUCGAGAUGAGAUGGCAGCUGCACGUGGGGCCCUCAAGAAAAAUGCCACCAUGCUAUACACGGCCUCACAGGCCUUCCUGCGCCACCCUGAUGUGGCAGCCACACGUGCCAACCGUGACUAUGUGUUCAAGCAGGUACAGGAGGCUAUAGGAGGCAUCUCCAGCGCUGCCCAGGCCACCUCACCCACUGAUGAAAAGCACGGCCAUGCUGGUAUCGGGGAACUGGCUGCUGCUCUCAAUGAGUUUGAUAACAAGAUUAUUCUGGACCCUCUGACAUUCAGUGAGGCACGCUUCCGGCCCUCUUUGGAGGAGCGCUUGGAGAGCAUCAUCAGUGGUGCCGCACUCAUGGCUGACUCUUCCUGCACACGCGACGACCGCCGUGAACGCAUCGUGGCCGAGUGCAAUGCCGUUCGACAGGCCCUCCAAGACUUGUUGAGCGAGUACAUGAACAAUACUGGCAGGAAAGAGAAAGGUGACCCACUAAAUUCAGCCAUUGAUAAGAUGACCAAGAAGACCAGGGAUCUGCGUAGGCAGUUGAGGAAGGCGGUGAUGGACCACAUCUCAGACUCUUUCCUGGAAACCAACGUCCCUCUGCUGGUGCUCAUUGAGGCGGCUAAGAGCGGUAAUGAGAAGGAGGUCAAGGAAUAUGCCCAGGUGUUUCGCGAACAUGCCAACAAGCUGGUGGAGGUGGCCAACCUGGCCUGCUCCAUUUCCAACAAUGAAGAGGGAGUGAAGUUGGUUCGAAUGGCUGCCACCCAAAUUGACAGCCUUUGUCCACAGGUCAUCAAUGCUGCACUCACACUGGCUGCCCGCCCCCAAAGCAAGGUGGCCCAGGACAACAUGGACGUUUUCAAGGACCAGUGGGAGAAACAAGUGCGCAUUCUCACCGAGGCUGUGGAUGAUAUCACCUCAGUGGAUGACUUCCUUUCUGUCUCAGAAAACCACAUCCUUGAGGAUGUCAACAAAUGCGUAAUCGCUCUUCAGGAGGGAGAUGUGGACACCCUGGACCGAACUGCCGGAGCCAUCCGGGGCCGAGCUGCCCGUGUGGUCCACAUCAUUAACGCUGAGAUGGAAAACUACGAACCUGGGGUCUACACCGAGCGUGUGCUGGAGUCUAUUAAACUGCUGUCUGAGACUGUCAUGCCCCGUUUUGCUGAACAAGUGGAGGUAGCCAUCGAGGCACUGAGCACGAACCCCCCACAGCCCUUUGAGGAGAAUGAGUUCAUUGAUGCGUCCCGUUUGGUCUAUGAUGGCGUCCGUGACAUCAGGAAAGCUGUCCUCAUGAUAAGGACACCAGAGGAGCUGGAGGAUGACUCUGACUUUGAGCAGGAGGACUAUGACGCUCGCAGUAGGACAAGUGUCCAGACUGAAGAUGACCAGCUUAUUGCUGGACAGAGUGCCAGGGCCAUCAUGGCCCAGCUGCCCCAGGAGGAGAAGGCCAAGAUUGCCGAGCAGGUGGAAAGCUUCAGGCAGGAGAAGUGCAAGCUAGAUGCCGAGGUGGCCAAGUGGGAUGACAACGGCAAUGACAUCAUUGUGCUGGCCAAGCAGAUGUGCAUGAUUAUGAUGGAGAUGACAGACUUCACCAGAGGCAAAGGUCCCCUGAAGAACUCCUCUGAUGUCAUUAAUGCAGCCAAGAAAAUUGCUGAGGCUGGAUCCAGGAUGGACAAAUUGGCCCGUGCUGUCGCAGAUCAGUGCCCUGAUUCAGCAUGCAAGCAGGACCUUCUUGCCUAUCUGCAGAGAAUUGCCCUGUACUGUCACCAGCUCAACAUCUGCAGCAAGGUGAAAGCUGAGGUGCAGAACCUGGGUGGAGAGCUUAUUGUGUCUGGGCUGGACAGUGCCACCUCCCUGAUCCAGGCUGCCAAGAACCUAAUGAACGCAGUGGUGUUGACUGUCAAGGCCUCCUACGUGGCAUCCACCAAGUACCAGAAGGUGUAUGGAACAGCGGCAGUCAACUCACCCGUGGUGUCUUGGCGCAUGAAGGCCCCUGAGAAGAAGCCACUCGUGAAAAGGGAGAAGCCGGAAGAGUGCCAGACACGUGUCCGACGAGGCUCCCAGAAGAAACACAUCUCACCUGUCCAGGCCCUCAGUGAGUUCAAGGCCAUGGACUCCUUCUAAAAGAACGUCGUGGAUACUCAAGAAACACAACAAAUCAUGACAAUGAGAUCAACAAAAAAGAAAAACUCCCUUUUUACUUUGUGUUAACCCACCUCCGUUUGCCCUGUGUGUGCUUGGUGACACCUCAGGAGGACUACAGUACCUGCUAACCUGCCACACUAUGGCUCCCAUUAAGACUCUGGGUCUAAUGGCCAAUAUGCAGCCAGCACGCGCCCAAAACACUAUUUAUUGUUCUUAUUGUAGCUUAACAUGUGAGAGCCAAAAUGUGACACUAACAGAACUACUUUGAAAAACAAGGGAGAAAAAAAAAACAGAUUAAACAGAACAUAUCAGAGGAGCAAGAGCAGCAUUUUGACAUAAAAUUUGUGGCAGUCACUAUUCUAGCUAUAUCAUUACCAUGCUACUGACUGGCUGCUUGUGUACGCAUCUAACUGUCUGAAUGGAAAUCAUGAAUGGUUCAGUAGAGGAAUUACUUUGAAGGGAUCAUGUCAAUGUUGGUAUGUUCCCUUUUGAUAUAUAUUUUUUUUUUCAAUUUGAAUGUUAACCUGUAGUGCUAGGAAUAACUUAUGUUUAAGAUAUUUGGAAGUGUCAGCAUCCAAGUAAUUUGUUUCCUUGUUCUUGACGAUGAUAAUAAUAAUCAACAUGGUGUUUUCUCCUGAAGCACACUUCUGGCCUAUUGUAUUGCCUUUUUAAAAUCCAUUUAUUUAAUGAUUACAUCACUAACAAUGGAGACCUUGAUUGGAUGUUGUGUAGCGUAUAAUUAUAGCAACGGAGAGGUUUGACUAGUUGUGGUUUGCUCAGAGAAUAGAAUCCCUGCAUACAGUACCUUUAUAUUCACCCUUCUCUAAUAAAUCCCUCAACUUGA